AUGGAACCAAUACUGCUGUUUCUCUGCCUACACCAUGCUCACAGCGCAGACCAGGUGAAGCGGUCCGUCGGCUCGAUACCAAUCCGCCACACUUAUUCAGAGUAUCACAACAAGGUCGCCAUUCCAGUUCCACAACCUAUUCCUAUUAGCGUACCACGUGCCGUUCCUUACCCUGUCCAUGUUGGGGUGCCUGUGGACCAGCCCCGUCCCGUCCCAGUGCCUGUACCACAACCUGUAGCCCAAGUUAUAUCCCGUCCAGUGGCCGUGCCCAUAGACCGUCCCUUCCCAUACCCGUAUGCUCAACCAGUGCCUGUAACUGUGACCCAGGGAGUAGGGAUUCCUGUUCCUCAACCGUAUGCCGUUGGAGUACCCGCUCCUGUACCGGUGGGAGUUCCCCAACCAGUUGCCGUACCUGUAUCUGUGGGUGGUGCUUUAGGAGGAAUUGGGGGUGCUGGAGGAAUUGGAAUCGGAGCAAUAGGAGGAAUUGGUUCAAUUGGCGGAAUUGGUGCAGUUGGCGGAAUUGGUGCUGUUGGUGGAUUAAGCACUAUUGGAAUUGGCGGUAUAAGCAGUAUAUCUUCUAUUGCCGGCCAUUCGUCAGUAAUUUCCCAGCCUGUGAUUGGUCACGGUUAUGGCGGUUCUAUCGCAGCGUCUCACGCGCAUGGUCAUCAUUAUUGA